AUGGCCUCCACACAAAAUCUACCCGCCCCCAUCCUCGCUCUCCAAAAGAGCAUCGUCAGGCCCUACCACCCCGCCGACGCCCCGUCCAUCUCCAAGGCCGCCGACUCCAAAGCCGUGUCCGCCUUCCUGCGCGACUCGUUCCCGCGCCCUUACACCCUCGCCGACGCCGAGUCCUGGAUCUCGCUGAACCAGGCCCAGCCGAUCCGCAACUGGGCCAUCGCGUGCCCGGCCACCGGCGCCGUCAUGGGCAGUAUCGGCCUCGUCCCCGGCAGGGACGUCUACUCGAGGGGCUACGAGCUGGGGUACUGGCUCGGGGAGGAGUUUUGGGGCCGGGGCGUCAUGGCGGAGCUGGUGCCGGCGUUCGCGAGGUGGGUCUUGGACGGCAUGGGCGGCGCGGGGGAGAACGGAGAGGAGGAGAAGAAGGAGGAGGUCGAGAGGCUCUGGGCCGGCGUGUUUUCGGAGAACGCCGCGAGCCGGAGGCUGUUGGAGAAGAGCGGGUUCGUGUUCGAGGGCCGGCUGAGGAGGGCGGUCGUCAGGGACGGCGUGGUCAUGGACGAGCUGGUGUACUCACUCAUCAGGGCCGAUCUGUCGACGUGA